GUAUCGAUUCGUCGGCAAGUCUAGUAAGCGGUGAAGUGAAAAAGUAAAAAUAAAUUGUGAAAAAAUUAAUGGAAAAAUAUUGUUGAAAAUUUUUGGCUGUGUCUAAAAAGGACAUGCACCUAUAAAAAGGCGCGCGCAUACGCCUUUCCAGCCGACUGGGUGCAUGGGUAGCGAAACUUAAUGAUCCUUUAAGAUUCAUUUAGCUACUUUAUAUAUGCACAUAUACUUAACCUUGUGAAAGCUUGCAUUGUUUUUUAUCUCUUAAAUAAUUGCGCAUUUAAAUAUUAAUUACAUACAUGCAUAUAUGUUGGUAUGUAUUAAGUGGCGCAUAACAUCCGUUGUGUUGUGAAUUUUUCAAUAACUGUACUUUGAAAGUGAAAAAAGUAAUUAAUUGUUGUGUGACAAAAUGAAUUGGUGUUUCAAUUUGUACUUGCUGUUGCUUUUGUGGCAGCAAUGCAGUCCUGUAAUUGUAGCAUAUGCUGAAGAGGCUCCAAGUCCAAUUAACGCCGUAAAUGAGGAGUUACCUGAUAAUGACCGCGAGGAACGACAUGUUUCUGACUUCUUUAAGAGAAAACCAGCAGCGCAGCCAGUUAAAAUAAACCCAGGCGUAGGCGCUGUUUAUGGUGGAGGCGGAGCUUACGGUAUCAAGACAAGUCACGCAGGCUAUGGACACAGGCAUGGCGGUGGCGGUUAUGGAGGCGGUGGAGGUUAUGGAGGCGGUGGAGGUUAUGGAGGCGGUGGAGGUUAUGGAGGCGGUGGAGGUUAUGGCGGUUACGGUGGUUAUAGUGGAGGUGGAUAUGGUGCUAGUGAUAUCAGCUAUGGAUCAAAUAGCUAUGGAAGUAGUGCAAAUUAUUAUAAGGGUGUUUAUAGCCCCGGCAGUCAGUCGAGCCAACUUUUCCUGACGAAUGAGCGCUCUCAACUGCCAGCCUAUGGAAGUUGCGUAGCAUACCCAUUGCCUGCGAGAACAACUUGGAAGUGUCGAGAGAAUCAAUGUGAGGUCAGUUGUUCUCCUAAAUAUAGUUUUCCCGAUGGCACAACAUUACUGAAAUUGGUGUGCAUGAGUGGAACUUGGAUAAUACGCGAUGCCGCUUACACCAGUGUGCCACCUUGUCAGGCUACUUGCAUACCGCCUUGCCAAAAUAACGGUAUUUGUGUUGAGGCUGGCAUUUGUAGAUGUGCCGAGAAUUUCUAUGGUCCAUGGUGUCAGAAUAAGAAAACAAUGUGUAACGGUAAGCCUCCGGUACCAAAAAAUUCCAGAGUACAAUGUAGGGAUAACAUAUGCAAUGCUCAAUGUAUGGACGGUUUUCAAUAUCCCGAUGGCAGUACGAUAACAAAUCUCGAAUGUGUCGAGGGGGCUUGGUUUCAUAAGAAGACAAACUCGCCGAAACCGCCAGAUUGUGCACCAACUUGUGAGCCAGCUUGCGAAAAUGACGGCAAAUGUAUCUCUUUUAAUGUGUGUCAGUGCACGAAGGAUUUUCGGGGUGAUAACUGUCAAUACAGUAUACAAGCUUGCAAUGUGUCACAGAGUGGCUUCAAUGGCAGUUACAAAUGCCGUUAUGAUCUCUUGGAGGCAAAAUGCAAAUUUUCGUGUGCAACAGUGCCUGGCAUCAAAGUGCAGGGUAACCUGGAUAUUGAGUACGGUUGCAAAUAUAAUGUUGGCCAGUUCUAUCCGCAGCCACUGCCAAAGUGCAUUUAUCCACCCGGUUAUGUGAUACACAAGACCUCCAUGUCAUCUAAUUAUACUAGCAUAUAUCGCGACGGCGGUGGUGGUGGCAGUUUUGAGCGAUAUGGCGUUAAGUGGUCCACGGAGAGUGAGCGUAUUCAAGCGAUCUUUGAUACUUUUACCAACGUGCGCAGUGAGUGGUGGUCUUCUGAAGAGGUUUCUGUGCCCUCUACGAUCUACAAUCUCUAUACUGAAGGCGAUGUGGAUGUAAUGAUCGAUCGUACGCCGAAAAAUGCUCUGUGUACUACUUGGGGUGGUAUAAAUAUGAAAACCUUCGAUGGGUUGAUAUUCAAAGCUCCACUCUCAUGUUCGCAUACGCUAAUCAAUGACAAGGUCGAUGCGACCUUCGAUGUAACACUCAAGGCUUGUCCGUACGGCUCAGGUUAUGGCUGCGCUCACUCACUGACGAUCUAUUGGCAGGAAAUACCAUAUAUCCUGGAUAAUACGAAUGGCACCGUUCAUCUAUCCACUCCGACUAAGAAGUUUCCCAUACCUGUACAGGUGAUGGGCAUGAAAAUCAUACCGGUUGCUCAGCACAUACAAGUGCAUCUAGAAUCUGUGGGUCUACAAAUCGAUUGGGAUCGUCAUCAGUAUCUGGGCAUACAUGCUGGUCCCCCAUUGUGGUCCAAAGUUGGCGGUCUUUGUGGCACUUUGGAUGGUGAUCCCAAAAAUGAUCUGAUGGCGAAGAGUGGUGUGGUUGUAGAGACUGUCAAGUCUUUCACAGACUCGUGGCGCGUAGAUGAUCGUUCAGAAUUGUGUUUAAUGGAUAUCAGUCACGAACAGGAGUAUGGCUCGGAGACGUGUGAAUUAUCGAAGCGUGAAAAGGCUGUUAAGGUGUGUAAACGUUUGCUCUCCAAUGACAAAUUAGUGGAGUGUAUUAAGGGAAUCAAUCUGGAGAAACUGUUGCGCACAUGCGUGGAUGAUUAUUGCAACUGCGUCAAUCGUGAUCAUCCGGAGACUUGCAACUGUGAUGCCGUUUCUAUGCUGGCUAAGGAGUGCAUCUUUAAGGGCAUCAAAUUGGAGCAUGGCUGGCGUGAUUUGGAGAUCUGUCCCGUAAGUUGUGCUUAUGGACGCGUAUAUCAGCCUUGCGGACCGGAUGUGGAACCAACAUGCGAUAUGGCUGUUACACCAAUUCCAGGGAAAUGCAAUGAGGGUUGUUUCUGCCCAGCGGGUACUGUGCAGUAUCAAGACGCCUGCAUUACACAAGAGCUCUGUCCAUGCACGAUGCGUGGCAAGGAGUUUAAGCCGGAGUCAACCAUUAAGAAGAAGUGUAAUACAUGCACUUGCAAAAGCGGAAAGUGGAAGUGCACAGAUGAGGAGUGCGGCGCACGUUGCGGUGCCAUUGGUGAUCCUCAUUACCAGACCUUCGAUGGCAAACGUUUUGAUUUUAUGGGACAGUGCUCCUACUACCUGCUGAAGACGGCUAAGAUGUCUGUGGAGGCGGAGAAUGUUGCAUGUUCCGGGGCGAUCUCUGAGAAUCUCAAUUUGGUUGCCACUGCAGAUAAUCCUUCUUGCACAAAAUCAGUCACCAUACGUUUUACGUUGAAGAAUGGCGUGCCGCACAGUAUACGGUUGGAUCAAGGCAUGGCUGUGCACAUAAAUGAGAAGGAGAUCACCAAAUUCCCGAAAAUGCUUGGUGCAGGCGAGGUUCUCUUACGUCUAGCUAGUUCGAGCUUUAUGACUGUCGAGUUUCCCGAGGGCAUACGAAUUUGGUGGGAUGGCAUCUCGCGUGUGUAUAUCGAUGCACCUCCUAGCUACCGCAAUAAGACCGCUGGCCUUUGUGGUACUUUCAACUCAAAUACACAAGAUGAUUUCCUGACGCCGGAGGGUGAUAUCGAAACAGCGGUAGAGCCGUUCGCCGACAAGUGGCGUACAAAGGAUACAUGUGACUUCCCAACUGAAACUAUACCGGGUCCACACCCGUGUAGCGCCAAUCCGGGGAAACGCGAAAACGCUGAGAAAUACUGUAACUGGAUUAUGGAUGAUAUUUUCCAAGACUGUCAUUGGACUGUUGAGCCGGAGCAGUACUACGAGGAUUGUUUGUAUGAUGUGUGCGCCUGCAAAGACGAGCCGGAUAAAUGCUUCUGUCCCAUACUCGCUGCUUACGGCAAUGAGUGCACGCGUCAGGGUAUCAAGACCGGCUGGCGUAUGGCAGUGAAGGAGUGUGCCAUGAAAUGUCCAAUGGGUCAGGUGUACGAUGAGUGUGGCGAUACAUGUGCGCGCACCUGUAGCGACCUCGCGUCUAAAAAUAGUUGCAAGAAGGAGUGCGUAGAGGGUUGUCGUUGUCCGCAUGGCGAAUAUUUGAAUGAGAACAACGAAUGUGUGCCACAGCAGAAGUGCCCAUGCACCUAUGAUGGCACCUCAUUCAAAGCGGGCUACAAAGAAGUGCGACCGGGUGAGAAGUUUCUGGAUUUAUGCACCUGCACGAGUGGGCUGUGGGAGUGCGAAGACGCUGAGCCUGGCGAUGACGAAAAGUAUCCGCCUUCCUCGCAACUGCGUGCCGAAUGUGCGAACCGUCCCUUUGCCGAAUUCUCGAAAUGUGCCCCCAAAGAGCCGAAGACGUGUAAGAAUAUGCAUGAGUAUGCCGAGAAUCUCGAAGACUGUACGCCGGGUUGCGUCUGCAUGACGGGCUAUGUCUUUGAUACCUCACGUAAAGCAUGCGUGCUGCCCGAGAAUUGCUCGUGCCAUCAUGGCGGUAAGAGUUACUCGGACGGCGAUAAGAUUAAAGAGGACUGCAAUAUUUGCGUUUGUAAGAGUGGAAAUUGGACGUGCUCCUCGAAUGGCUGUGGCUCCACCUGCUCUGUCUGGGGUGAUUCCCAUUUCAGCACGUAUGACAACCAUGACUUCGACUUUCAAGGCGCCUGCGACUAUGUACUCUCCAAGGGUGUUGCUGAUAAUGGUGAUGGUUUUACCGUUACAAUACAGAAUGUCUUGUGUGGCACUAUGGGUGUGACCUGCUCGAAGUCUGUGGAAAUUUCAUUGUCCGGAAGCAUACAGGAUUCGAUAACAUUAACCGCAGAUGGAUCCUACGUACAAGAUCCGAACAAGUCGGCUAUUAAAAAACUUCGCGAUGUAAGCAAUACUAAAGGCCAAGGCGCCUUCCACAUCUACAAGGCGGGCGUAUUCAUCGUGAUCGAAGUAAUACCACUCAAGCUGCAAGUGAAAUGGGAUGAAGGCACACGUGUCUAUGUGAAACUCGGCAACGAGUGGAAGAACAAAGUGAAAGGAUUGUGCGGCAAUUACAAUGACAACGCAAUGGAUGACAUGCAAACACCAUCCCAAGGUAUCGAAACGAGUCCACUCAUCUUCGGACAUUCAUGGAAGGUGCAACAGUUUUGUGCCAAACCCACAACGCCGAUAGAUGCGUGUAAAGAGCAUCCGCAACGUGAGACGUGGGCACAAUUGAAGUGUGGUGUGCUCAAAUCGGAAAUAUUUAAGGACUGCCACGCUGAAGUGUCUGUUGAGAAGUACCUGAAACGCUGCAUAUACGAUACGUGCGCCUGCGAUCAGGGUGGCGAUUGUGAAUGUCUCUGUACGGCCGUGGCUGCCUAUGCGCACGCCUGCUCCCAGCACGGCAUCAAUAUACGUUGGCGUACGCCGCACUUCUGUCCCAUGCAAUGUGAUCCCCACUGCGCCGAGUAUCAAGCCUGCACCCCCGCCUGCGCUGUGGAGACCUGUGACAAUUUCCUCGAUCAAGGAAUGACCGAACGCAUGUGUAAUCAAGAAAACUGCAUUGAGGGCUGUUUUAUUAAACCAUGUGACGAGGGAAUGAUCUAUCUCAAUGAUACAUACAAGGAAUGUGUGCCAAAAGCUGACUGUAAGCCCGUUUGUAUGUUGCGCGAAGGCAAAACUUAUUACGAGGGCGAUAUAACAUAUCAGGAUGAAUGCGCCACCUGUCGUUGCUCGAAGAAGAAGGAAGUUUGCAGUGGUGUAAAGUGUAAGGAGGCACUAACAACAACAGAGCGACCGAAUAAUCUUAUAAUCGAUAGCACGACUUCACAACCAUUGAAUACCGACACACAACCGAAAUGUGUACGCGGCUGGACACGUUGGUUCGACAAGGACACCGACACUUCGGGUAAAACAAUACAUUUGAAUGACGAAGAGAAGCUGCCACGUUACGAUCGCAUGGAGAGCAUUUAUGGCACGUGUCAGAAGAAAUAUAUGAAGCAAAUCGAAUGCCGCGUAGUGGGCACACACGAAUCGCCCGACUAUAUGGAUGAGAAUGUGCGCUGCAAUUUGGUGGAGGGCCUCGUGUGUAAGGGUCAAUGUCACGACUACGAGCUACGCGUGUUUUGUGAGUGCGAUGAGCCGUUGGUCUUGCCACCGGCUUCCACUGAAAGACCACAAAUUGGUCAACCAUGUGACUCGGUGAUUGCGCAAUACAAAGAAUAUCCGGGUGAUUGCCACAAGUUCCUGCACUGCCAGCCCAUUACGAGUGGUGAUGGUUGGAUUUAUGUGGAGAAGACUUGUGGGGAAUAUAUGAUGUUCAAUCCAACGCUAUCCGUCUGCGAUCACAUAGCGACGGUGCAGCAAAUAAAACCGGCCUGCGGUAAAGUGCCUCCAAACCAGGAGUCGGGCUCGCUAAUCGAGUGUGCUGAGGGACAAGUAAUGUCUGAGUGUGCGAAUCAAUGUGAAUACACCUGCGACUAUUAUGGUUCGAUUCUACGCAAACGUGGUCUCUGCCAAAAGGGUGAACAUUGCAAACGCGGCUGCGUAGAUAAGCGUCGUCCUGAUUGCCAUGCCAUAGACAAAUAUUGGCGCGAUGAGGAUACUUGUGUUGAGAUGGAUCAGUGUCCGUGUAUGGAUAAGUCGGAGAAAUAUGUUCAGCCCCACAUGCUCGUGACCGCCUACGACGAGGUGUGUCAGUGCAUCGACAACGCGUACACUUGUGUGCCGAAUAAAGUGUCUGAAUUGCCACAUAUCACGACUCCAAAACCAAUUGACAAAGAACAUGAACCAGACUUUAUACCAUCCACGUUGGCGCCACAUCUGCAGUGCGAGUCAGAACGCUUCGUGCCACUUAUACAGGGCGAGAAACCACUGGCAGAUAGCGCGUUUAAUGCAAGCUCCACUUCGAACGCGUACAAUGCACCUUACAUGGCUCGACUGCCUGAAAAUCCAAAAGACAGCAUUGCCAGCUGGUCGCCCGGCAUAGAUGAUCAAACACAAUAUCUACAAAUCACCUUCCCGGAGCCAGAGCCCAUCUUCGGUGUUAUUAUGGCGGGUUGUCCGAAUUUCGAUAGAUAUGUAACACUAUUUAAGAUACUCUACAGUCAUGAUGGCGUAUCAUAUCAUUUUGUCGUUGACGAAACGGAUACACCACAAAAGUUCAACGGUCCACUCGACUCGCGCACACCGCAGCAGACACUCUUCAAUAUACCCGUCGAGGCGAAGUCUGUACGCAUCUAUCCGCUUAAGUGGCACGGACACAUUGCUAUGCGCGUAGAGUUGCUGGGUUGUGGCGAACCGGAGUCGACAACUGUGACCACAGCCACAACCGAAGCGAAGUUUGAGAAACUAAUACAGACAACUACUACCGCAAAACCAAUUAUUUGGCAAGGUGAAGGCAUGUGUGUUGACCGUAUGGGCGUGGAUAAUGGCAAAAUGCAUUCGACUCAAAUGAAAGCCAGCAGCAUUUGGUCGUUACCUCAACUUGCGAAGAAGCCGCGUCUUAUAGAUCUACUCAAACUCUCAUCGCCCGUCGGUUGGCGGCCAGUCGCCAACACACCGAACGAGUAUGUGCAGUUUGACUUCCUGACGCCGCGUAAUAUAUCUGGUUUUAUCACCAAAGGCGGUCCCGCCGGUUGGGUUACGAGUUUUAAGGUUAUGUUCUCUAAGAAUAAAUUGAUCUGGAACAAACUGCUCUACUUCGAUGGACAACCUGAGCAGUUCCGUGGCAAUUAUGAUGAAAACAGUGAAGUUAUAAACCACUUCCGCUCGCCCAUACUGACACAAUACUUUAAGAUUGUGCCCUCGAAAUGGGAGAGAAAUAUAAAUAUGCGUAUAGAGCCUGUGGGCUGUUUCGAACCGUAUCUGGAAAUUAAAGAAGAGGUACCGGAGCAGAACAAACCGCCACCAAAAUGUCUGGUUUGUGAGGGCAUAUCUGACAGCGCAGAUCUCGAUGGGGAAUGUAGGUGUCGGGACGGUCUCUACUGGGAUGGCCAGAAUUGUGUUCAGAGUAAUCUGUGUCCAUGCGUUGAGGAAUAUAGCACCUAUCCUGUCGGGUCCAAGUUUGAAAACAAACAAUGCGAGGAGUGUGUUUGUGUUCUUGGUGGUCACUCCAAUUGUAAACCUAAGAAGUGCCCACCAUGUGUGGAGACCAAUUUGCGUACGCUGGUAACACCAGAUUGUUUCUGUAAGUGUGAGCCUUGUCCGAAGUACCAACGUAUUUGUCCUUCGAGUGGUGAUUGUAUACCGGAAAUGCUCUGGUGUAACGGCGUACAAGAUUGCGCAGAUGAUGAAGAUGACACGUGUCAGAAGACGAUUUUAGUGACACCACAACCAAUUGUAGAUAAAAAUGAAACUUCCAUCAUCAAAUGCCCCGAACCGGAAUGUCCACCCAAUAUGAAGAUAAAGGUUUUGGAGAAGAAACAACGUAAGAUGUCACAAAUGUUUGCAAAAUCCUACACCGAUUUGGAAGAAGUCGGUGGCAAUAUGAUAAAGAUAACUAAAACAAAAAUGGUAAUGAGCGAAACGGAAGAGUUCCUCAUGUUGCCCACAGGAGAAGUGCGCGGUGUCGAGGAGGAAGAGUGUGCCGAGUUCACUUGUGUACCCACACCCAUCAAGGUUGUGGUGCAAAAUGAGACCACCAGUUGUCCGGCACCCAAAUGUCCAGAAAAUUAUGAAAUUGAAUUGGAUAUGUCCAAUGCAAAAGCUGGCCAAUGCCAGAAAUAUGCUUGUGUACUGAAACCCACCAAAGAUGAUGCAUGUGAGAUUAGUGGCAAAUUCUUUACCACCUUCGAUGGCACUGAGUUCAAGUAUGACACGUGUAGUCAUAUACUGGCACGUGAUAUUAAAAACUCUAAUUGGUUGAUAAGUGUGCAUCUCAUUUGCGAAGAUGAUUCGCGACGCGUGUGUCGUAAAACGAUCACCAUCAAGGACAUUGAAUCGGCUGCCAUACUCGUAAUCAUGCCAAAUAUGAAGUUGAAUUUUAACGGUUUCGAAUACACCGUGCCACAAUUGAUGAACUCACCCAUCUGCAAAGCGGCUUUCGUCAUUUCACAACCCGGUAACACCGUGCUUGUGGUCUCGCGUAAACAUGGCUAUUGGGUGCUCUACGAUGACAUCGGUUACAUUAAGAUCGGCAUAUCCUCUAAGCAUCUACGCACCGUAGACGGCCUUUGCGGCUACUAUGAUGGUGUGGCGAACAAUGAUAAGCGUACACCGGAUGGUAGUGUGCUGCAGAACACUGGCAAGUUCGGCGACAGCUGGUUUGACAAGAAGAUAUCGAAGGAAAUGUGCUAUCCACAAGCUUGUCCAUUUGAGUUGCAGAAAAAGGCGUUGGCAUUGUGCAAUGCGAUUAAGCAUCCGGUGUUCGUUAAGUGCAACAAGGCGGUCAACUACAAACAGUUCGUUAGCAAAUGUAUGGAAAGCACUUGUGAGUGCCUGCGGGCCCAUCCGGGUGAGGACAACACUUGUAAAUGCAAUGCAUUGCAGGACUUUGUUUCCAAAUGUUUGACAAUUAAUCCCAAUAUACAGUUGAAUUUGUGGCGUGCAGUGCAGCAGUGUGAAAAAGAAUGCGCGGCACCGCUCAUACACAACGACUGCUACAAACGCCGUUGCGAGCCUUCGUGUGACUCGCUGAACACCGACGACUGUCCAAUUAUACCAGAUGCCUGCUUCCCCGGCUGUUACUGUCCUGAAGGAACUGUGCGCCAGGGCAAGAAGUGCAUAACGGUCGCUGAGUGCAAGGACUGCGUGUGCAAUUCGUUUGGCAAAUCCCAAUUCUUCACUUACGACAAGCGAAAUUUCCACUUCAAUGGCAACUGCACUUAUCUAUUGUCGCGCGAUAUUGUGCUACCGGGUCUCUACAACUUCCAGGUCUACGUCACUAUGGACUACUGCAAGCGCCUCGGCUAUGCGUCUAAUACUACGGAUCAGUCAUGUAUCAAAUCUUUCCACAUAUUUAAUGGUGACCAUCUUGUACACAUUGAACGUCCCAAGUUCGAUAAAGUGCCGCGUAUAAUCGUUGAUGGUUCCGAAGAGAAAGUGCCGUUUAAAAAAUCGUGGAUCAACAUGCGUGAGGUGCACGGAAAGGAGAUGUUGUUGUCACUAUUGGAGAGUAAUGUGGACUUGCAGGUCUCUUAUGAUGAUAUGGUUUAUACGCUCUCAGUGCCGAGUAUCAAGUACAGCGGUAAAAUGGAAGGCCUUUGUGGUGACUGUGAUCAUAACCCUAAAAAUGAUUUACUUGAGAACCCCGCCAAAAAGAAGGGACGUACGCCAAGCACAGAUUUAGCAGUCGUUCUACAAAGUUGGCAAGCCGAGGAGCCGAAGUUGGGCAAUGAAUUGCAGAUAUGUUCAAGUGAAAGUACACCCGAGAAUGAAUGUGAACCACCGCCGCCAGAAAAAGACGACUGCCAGUUAUUCUACAAUAAAAAUCUCUUCGGCCAAUGCAACAAUAUCAUCGAUCCCGGUAAUUAUGUGGCGUUGUGUCAAAAGGAGCUUUGUAAGCCCGGUAACCGCCAGCAGGUCGUCUGCAAUCUAAUGGCUGCUUAUGCGCACGAGUGCGCCCAGCAAGGCAUCUGUUUGAACUGGCGUCGUCCCGAUGUUUGUCUCCAUGAUUGCCCAAGAGACAUGAUCUAUGAGCCAUGUGGUUGCGCUAAGACCUGUGAUAUGAUGAAGGCGAUACACGAAUUCGACGCGGUCAACAUGAAGACCGAUACUUUCGUGAAGACCGUGGAUAUGAGUGAUAUGUGCACGGCAGAAGAGCGUUUCGAGGGUUGCUUCUGUCCGCCUGGUAAGGUUAUGGAUAAUGGUGAGUGUGUGGCGGAGGAGUCCUGUGUCAAAUGUGAUGAUUUGGUGCAUACACCGGGCGAAAAAUGGAAGAAGGACAAGUGUACGGACUGUGCUUGUAACCACGAGGGUAAAGUGGAGUGUGUAGAGCAGAAGUGUUUGAUUGAGGAAAAUAUUUGUGCCGAAGGAUUCACGCCGAAAAAGAUUGAAUCCGCGGAAGCGUGUUGUCCACGUUACGUGUGUGUGCCUGAGCAGAAACUGCCGCCGCCAGCGACUUGUCUCGAGCCGCUUAUGCCCGUUUGUGGUCCAGGACAAUUUAAGAAGCAAAAAACCGGACCGGAUGGCUGCCCUCAGUUCAUAUGUGAGUGCAAGCCGAAGGAGGAGUGUGAGCCCUUAAAGUUGCCGCGCGCGCUUAAACCAGGCGAAAAGGUGGUGAAACAAGAACUCGGCUGCUGUCCGACGCAAGAGAUCGUUUGCGAUGUGAGCACCUGUCCACCUGCAUUGAAAGAAUGCGCUGAACGUUUCUACGAAGUAGUGCGUGAACAGGAACUGGAUGAGUGUUGUCCACACUAUCUCUGUGAACCUCCCAAGGAUAUGUGUAUAGUAGAAAAUAGUGUUGGCGAAAAAUUCAUCAAGCCUCUAAAUGCAAGAUGGCCCCAUCCGACAGACCCCUGUAAGCAGGAGCUGUGCUCUUAUGGACCAAAUGGCACCACACAACUAGCUGCAACGAUUGAAACCUGCGAUACUUUCUGUCCACCAGGUUUUGUGUAUGUGAAUAAGCAGCCCACGCUUAAGUGCUGUGGCGAUUGUUUGCAGGAGAAGUGUGUAUUGGGAAAUAAAUUAUUCGAGGAAGGGGCUACCUGGAUGAGCAAUGAUAAUUGCACUACUUACAAUUGUUUGCGUAAGGGUGAGGUGUUAAUAGUUUCAUCAUCACAGGAGUCUUGCCCAGAUGUGAGCGCUUGUCCCGAGCAUUUGCUGGUGCCUUCAGAGAGUGGUUGCUGUGAGUUAUGCAAACCGGCGCCUGUUGUGGAGGACCAAAAGAACUGUCUGCCGGUUUCAUUGGCUGAGCCGCUAACGGUAGAGAUCAUUGAAGUCACGGAACCUGGCAAGGAUAAAUGUAUAAACAAAGAGCCAAUACAAGGUUUUACUGACUGCGAUGGCGCCUGCUCAUCGGGUUCGAAAUAUAAUAAGGUGUCUGGGUCACACGAGAAACAUUGUCACUGCUGUAGUAUUACGGGCUGGAAAUCUGUUACGGUGCCUUUGGUUUGUGCGAAUGGUAGCAAGAUCGUGAGCAAGGUGGACGUGCCAUCGAGCUGCGGUUGCAAGCCAUGUGAUGAGACCAACCAGUAUAGUAUCUCUGAUGAAAUUGAUAUUCGCAUGCAAUCACUGCCACAUUUACUAUCCGGUAAACUUAAGGCACCCUAAGGCGCCGCAGAAGAGGAUUUCGAUUUGAAGGCUUAGUUUUAAGAACUAAAUAAAUGAAAUAAAAUAUGCAUUGAAAGUAA